GUUAAAAUGAUGUUUUUCAGAGAAAUUUUUGGCACGGAUAGUAUUCACUUAGUGAAUGGUUUCUGUCGUUUAUUCAUAAUCUGAUGUCGAUUGUAAUCUUGGAGUUUAAAUGUUAAAUUCUCAACAGCUUAAGAGACCCACGUAUAGCCCGAGAGCGGGCUCACGUUGGAGCAAAAGUGCGCGCGGCGUAGCCUGCUCGUAGGCUAACCUAUGUACCGUACAACUGGCUGACGAGUAAGUUUUACAGACCAGUCCGAAAGAUUAUCGAUUGGUACCGAACUUCACUUGAUUCUUGACAGCGAAUUAGUCUAAAACAGGUGCCCCCGCAGGUGGCAAUGGAACGAAAACGUCUUGUUUUCCUUCUACGGGUGUAUCUACUGCGCUAUAAACCUGUUUUUCAAGGGCGUAUGAAACUCUUCCCUGGUAGCACUUAUAAACGUGUGGUUAUCGUUCCGCCUGAACGAACCCGUGUUACACACUCGCCGAAGUACCAAAGACAGCGACCAGGAAAGAAAUUUUUUAAAAUGCGAAAUCCUCUAAAGAAUUUCUGGGUAAUUCCGUGGUACGUAUUGUAAAGAGUCGUUUAUUUCGUUUGGAUAUGGCAUCUGUGGAGGUCGAAAAACUAUCAGAGCAUCUUCUCAAGUGCCCAAUUUGCCUGGAAACCUACACGACGCCUAAGGUUCUUCCUUGCCUGCACACGUUUUGCCAACAUUGUUUACAAGGACUAAUCAACAGUGGAGAAAACACCAUUAUAUGUCCUACGUGUCGAUGCGAGGUUUCCGUGCCCAAAGAUGGCGUCGGUGCACUAUCGACCAACUUCUUCAUCAACAACAUGCUGGACUUUCUUUCGGUUGCGAAGAGUAACUCGAACCCAGUUGUUUGCACAAACUGCGAGGAACAAAACAGGGCGACAUCCAGAUGUAUCGAAUGCAUGGAGUUCCUGUGUUCGCAGUGCGUGGCAGCACAUCGCAGGACUCGAAUGACUAAAGAACAUGAAGUUAUUGCCUUAGGUGACUUGCAAGCGCAAAAAGAAGUCCAGGAGAAGCUUCACAGGCCUCUGUUGUGCGCCGUCCACGAGCGCGAUGUGUUGAAGUACUUCUGCGAAACCUGUGAUGAGCCUGUUUGCCGCGAGUGCCUGAUUAUCGAUCAUCGAGAGCAUCAUUAUGGUUACUUGAAAGAUGUGGAUAAGAGACAUCGCUCCGAG